AAUGGUUUGAAUCGGGUUGAUGUAACCCUAAUGUGAGGAAAUAUCUAAGUCCUACGAACAGCAGCCAGUGGGAGUACAGAUGAGUAUCCUUAUCUGAUUUUCAUUUCCUUCCAUUUCCAGGUCUCUGGAUCGCCUGGUACUCCAUUGGUUGGUGGAUUCUGAAUGAACUCUUCGUCUGGUCGCCGACGAGCCCAAGAAGCAUUCUGGGAGCCAACGUCGGAGUAACUCACCGCGUGAGUUGUUGAAAGUCCAAAGCAACGAAAGACUGUGACAGUGAGUGCGACAAAUCCCCGUCCGCCUCCGCCACUGCGACAAUUUCGGUCGUCGGACGAACAUCGAUUUUCCAAGGCUUUUAUCAUCUGCAGUCUAUCCCUUCCUACAUUGAUGAGCCGUUUUGAAUAGCUUGAAUAUUUGUAGUAGGGAGAACUGUCAGGGAUGCCAACUCUAGUAGCAACACGGUUUCUUUUCCUUGUUGGUGAUGUUUUAUCCUUGAGAAAGUUGCCACAGAUACCUAAAAGAGCUCCAUUCUAUAAUGUACGAUUCCUUAGUCAGGUUGGUCGUCAAAAUGGCCCUCUCACCCUUGCAAGCCUACGGUUGAAAAAUGAUCUUGAGACAACCAACAAGAAAAGAAAAAAUGGUAUUCUGCAGCCAGAAGCUGGUAUUGAAGUAUCCAGAAACAAAGAGAAGGCAGUUAAAAGCAAGGGGGAUAAGGGAAUUGAGUUGGGGAAAACGCUAGAUAUAGAAGCAGCUCCAUUUGCUGCAGAGUCAUUUUCUGAGCUUGGACUUCCACCUUUGUUGUUAGAAAGGCUAGAGCAGGAGGGCUUUGCAGUUCCAACUGAUGUCCAGUCGACUGCAAUUCCAGUUAUCCUUAAAAAUCAUGAUGUGGUCAUUCAGUCAUACACAGGUUCUGGAAAGACAUUGGCCUAUCUCCUUCCAAUUCUCUCAGAAGUGGGCCCUUUGAAGAAACAGUCCCCUUGUGAUAAAGAAGCGGGGAAGAAAAUGGACAUACAAGCAGUAAUUAUGGCACCGUCUAGGGAGCUGGGCAUGCAAAUUGUCCGGGAGGUUGAGAAGCUACUAGGACCUAAAUACAAGAAAGCGGUUCAGCAGCUUGUUGGGGGUGCAAAUCGAUCAAGGCAGGAAGAAGCUCUCAAGAAAAACAAGCCAGCCAUUGUUGUUGGAACACCGGGGCGAAUUGCAGAGAUCAGUGUGGCUGGGAAACUUCACACUCAUGGCUGUCGUUACCUGGUCUUAGAUGAAGUUGAUGAGCUCCUUUCCUUCAAUUUCCGGCAAGAUAUGCAUCGAAUUUUAGAACAUGUUGGAAGGAGAUCUGGUGCAGACCCACGUGGCGCAGAAAGUGCUGUUGCUAGACGGGCUGAGCGUCAGAUGAUCAUGGUGUCUGCAACAGUGCCAUUUUCAGUCAUAAGGGCAGCAAGGAGCUGGGGGCAGGAUGCACUUCUUAUACAAGCCAAGCGUGUUAUGCCCAUUGAAUCUGUUUCUCCCUCUGGACCUGUAAAUUUGUCAGGGAAUGCUUCCAGUUCUAGUUCAUCCUCAAAUUUGCAGAGUCAGGCUGCAGUAGAGAGUCUUCCACCAUCUCUGUAUCACUACUACUGCACUGCAAGGUUACAACACAAGGUUGAUACUCUGAGGAGAUGCGUUCAUGCACUUGACGCAAAAUCUGUGAUAGCUUUCAUGAAUCACACUAAACAACUAAAAGAUGCUGUCUUCAAGCUAGAGGCCCGUGGGAUGAAGGCUGCUGAGCUUCAUGGAGAUCUAGGCAAGCUUGCCAGAUCAACAACUUUAAAGCAAUUCAAGAAUGGGGAGGUGAGAGUUCUGGUUACAAAUGAACUUUCAGCAAGGGGUUUAGAUGUGUCCCAAUGUGAUCUUGUGGUUAAUCUGGAGUUACCCACAGAUGCAAUUCACUAUGCUCAUCGAGCUGGUCGAACAGGCCGGCUUGGAAGGAAGGGUAUUGUGGUUACAAUAUGCGAGGACCCCGAAGUGUUUGUUGUGAAGAAGCUUCAGAAACAGCUUGGGGUCCCUAUUCAAGCUUGUGAGUUCACAGAGGGCAAGCUUGUGGUCAGUGAAGAAAAAAACAAACAAGUAAAUUGAGGUAAUGAAAUGUCUGAAAUUUCGUAUCCAACUCUUAUUAGAGAAGUAAAGAGGAUAGUGUGCCAGAUGUUGCCUUUCUUCUGAUAAUAGUGUGAAAGUUUUAGGUUAGUA